CGUGACACCCUAUGAUAAAAACUCCACCGGUUUUAUCUCUCUUACUCUCUUCUUCUCCCACUGUAGUAUAAAUGAAUAGAAAAACCCCUUCUUCUCAAACAGCAAUGGCCGUGGACCACAACAAUGCACGAAAAUCCUCGCCUCUCCACACCCUUUACUGCGAAGAAGAAGAAGAAGAAGAAGAAGAAGAAGAGGAAGAAGAAAGCAAAAGCGAAAUCACUUCAAACGACAACACCAAUCACCCCCUUUUCCCAUUCCAUUACGAUUCGAAAUGGGACGACGAAGAGCUCCAAUCCCUCCUCCGCAAAGACAGAGAACAAACUACGCCUCCCAAAUCCAGCCGCAUCUCUCCAUCAGCUAGAAAUCAAGCCGUCGAAUUCGUUCUCAAAAUCGCUUCGCAUCAUAAAUUCUCCGCCUCCGCCGCCGUCCUCGCUAUCAAUUUCGUCGACAGAUUCUUGCGGAGUUUGGAGGGAGAUGAGAAGAGGCCGUGGCUGAUGCAGCUUGUGGCCGUUGCUUGCCUCUCUAUUGCUGCCAAAGUUGAGGAAACUCACGUUCCUCUUCUCGUAGACCUUCAAGUGGAGGAUGCAGAGUAUUUUUUUGAGGCGACGACGAUUAAGAGAAUGGAGCUUUUGAUUCUGUGUGCGCUGGAUUGGAGGAUGAAUCCGGUGACUCCUCUAUCGUUUAUUGAUCAUUUUGUGAGGAGACUUGGAUUGGAGAUUCGUUUGGAGUUUGUGGCGAGCUGUGAAGAUACAGUGAUUUCCUUCAUUUCCGAUUGGAGGUGUGUGGAAUAUUCGGCGGGUGUUGUGGCGAGUGCGGCGAUGCUUCACGUUGUAAUAAAUCAGGGGGAAUACGGCGGCUAUGCGGUUGAGUGUGAGAAGAUGAUGUUUGAGCUCCUUCAAAUUAGUAAGAUGGAAGUGGAAAAGUGUUGCAUGCUUAUCUCAGACAUACAUGCAAAACGCAGAAAUUGCGAAUUGAGUGGAAGCUGCUUCAGUUGGAAUGAUGCAACAAUAAUUGAUGGUGAAGUUGCAAAUGAUCAUAACCCUAUUUUAAAGAAACACAAGAAGAAGCAUUGAGGCAUUAAGCCACCUUCCUCAAUACUCCCCAUUCUAAGUCAUCUCUCUCUACAAUAAUGUAUGCUUGCUGGAUGCAAACAAAGGUUAAAAAUGCUUUUACCCAACACUUGCAAACAGAGAAGAAAUCAAGAAAGAGAAAGGGAGAACUGAGAAGUGUGUGUGUGUGUGAUUCACUUAUUCUAUUUAUGGGGGUAAAUACCAGACUGCCCCUGGAUUCCAAUUGUGGACAUGCCUAAUUUAAGGAAUGGAAGCAUAUUGUUGAGCUUAAUUUAGUGUGUGUUUCCAUUUGUAAGACUUUGCUACUUUUUUUGCAUCCCAACAUUGGAAUAAAACAGAUUCAUUUUCUGGAA